GGCAGGCCAUCCUACAAGCACCCGGACACUUGGCAUCAGUGCUAUCCAGAUAACUGUAAGAAGGUUUUCCGUGAUCCUGCAAGCCCUGUGUUCCUUCCUGGUGAUCCUGCCUUCAGUUUCAUGGCACAGGUACCACAGCAAGCCAGUGCUGUGUGCUCCGAGUUCCAGGGCAUCCUCCAGCUCAGCCACUGCACUGAGCACAAGGACUCUCUGUGGGGCCCAGGAGCAGGAAGUCACCCCUUUGGGGCCCACAACACCCGGCCGUCCCCACACUUGUGUCCAGGGAAGGUAGUGUUGAGGGCCCUCAAGGAGAGUGGGGCAGGGAUGCCUGAGCAGGACAAGGACCCUAGAGUCCAAGAGAGUCCUGAUUAUCAGAGAAGAGUCCCCGAGGUCACCAGGGAUGCACGCUCUGCAUUUAGGCCCCUGCGGGACAAUGGAGGCCUCUCUCCCUUUGUGCCCAGGCCCGGGCCUCUGCAGAGAGACCUCCAUGCCCAGAGGUCAGAAGUCAGAUAUAAUGAGAGAUCCCAGACCUCCUGGACGAGCUCGUGCACAAAACGCAAUGCGAUCUCCAGCUCCUACAGCUCCACGGGAGGCUUCCCGUGGCUAAAGCGGAGGAGGGGGUCAGCCUCAUCCCACUGCCAGCUGACCAUCAGGUCCUCAAAGACAGCGAGUGAGGACAGGCCUCAGGCUGUCUCUUCGGGUCACACCCGGUAUGAAAAGGCGGCAGAUAUAGCACCAGGGCAGACACUUGCCCCCAGGAAUGGCUCCCCCAGAUCCCAGGCCUCUAGGCCCCGUAGACGCAAGUUUCCCCUGCUGCCACGCAGGCGAGGGGAGCCCCUGAUGCUGCCGCCUCCCUUAGAGCUGGGGUUCCGGGUCACUGCUGAAGACCUGGCCCGGGAGAAGGAGGCUGCGUUCGAGAGCAUCAACAGUGUACUGCGGGGCGAGCCCAAGGCCAUCUGGGACUGCAGAGCCUCACGGCCUUCCCACGCUUCGUCCUCACUUGCAACAGGGGCUUCUGGUCUGCCUGCUGUCUCUAAAGCACCCAGUAUGGAUGCACAGCAGGAGAGACACAAGUCCCAAGACUGCCUGGGCCCAGUGGCCCCCCUAACAUCUGCUGCAGAGGUCCCCUCUACAGCUCCUGUGUCUGGGAGGAAGCGCAGACCAUCAGGCCCCCUGUUCUCCUCAGAUCCCCUUCCUGCCACCUCUUCCCAUUCCCAGGACUCAGCCCAGGUCACCUCGCUGAUUCCGGCCCCCUUCCUAGCUGCAAGCAUGGAUGUGGACAUGAGAAGCCCAAGCCCUGGCACUUCUGGAGCCAGUUCCAGCCCUCCAGCCACACCCAUGGAAAUUGAGAGUAGUGAGGUGGACCCAGGUCUGCAUUCCGUCAGAAGAAACCCUUUAAAGAGAAAGGCCCAAUGAGUCUCGCUCUUGCCGCCCAGGCUGGAGUGCAAUGAUGUGAUCUUGGCUCACUGCUACCUCCGCCUCCUGGGUUCAAGCGAUUCUCCUGCCUCAGACUCCCGAGUAGCUGGGAUACCUGGCGCAUGCCACCACGCCUGGCUAGUUUUCAUACUUUUAGUAGAGAUGGGGUUUCACCACGUUGGCCAGGCUGGUCUCCAACUCCUGACAUCUGGUGAUCCACCCACCUCAGCUUCCCAAAGUGCUGGGAUUACACUC